AUGCAAUUUCAAAAGAUUAUCCUGAUCUUUUCUGCCGUUGCUGGCGCUGUCUUUGCUGCUGAAAAACGCCCAUGCAAUCAGCUUCCCGGUUGCACUCCUAUUAGGGGUGGCGGUUGUUUCUGUCCCUCGGAGAGCGGCCGAGAUCCAAGUGACCCAGGUGACCCAGGUCAGGGUGGCGGUCCACAGUGA